GUCAUCGCAUCAAAAGGUAAUCUUACACAGCUUUCUCUCUAUUUGUUACCGAGAAAAUUGAAGGGAGAGAAAGCCAAGAAAUUUUUUUUUUAUAGCUUUUGAAUUUUUCAUUUUCUUCUGCAAAAAGACGGUGAAGUGGGGCUUCAGGCAAUGGCUUCUAAGCAGCCAAACUCUGGCCUUUUUGUUGGACUGAACAAGGGCCACAUUGUCACCAAGAGAGAAUUACCCCCACGACCAUCUAGUAGAAAAGGGAAAACCAGUAAAAGAGUCCACUUUGUGAGGAACUUGAUUAGGGAAGUUGCUGGUUUUGCACCAUAUGAGAAGAGAAUCACUGAACUUCUUAAAGUUGGGAAAGACAAGCGUGCAUUAAAAGUUGCAAAGAGAAAGUUGGGCACCCACAAGCGAGCAAAGAAGAAGCGUGAGGAGAUGUCUAAUGCCCUCCGCAAGAUGAGAUCGGCUGGAGUCAGUGAGAAGAAGAAGUGAAGCACAUAUUUCUAAUCUGAAGUUUACUAAUAUAUGAAUCUGCCCUUCAAUUGAGAAGCUAAGUUAGGGAAUUUUAUUUAUCAUGUGUGAUGUUUUUCUCUGAGAAUGAUGUUUUUCUUAGAACUGUGUUUUGUUUUGAAAGCGACAUGAUAUUGGAAACAAUUGGCCUUAUGUAUUUUGUAUUUUUCAUUCAUACAGAUGCAAUUUAUCCUUUAAGGCUUGGUGAA